AUGGGGGAAUCAUCAAGACCUAAGAAGCGCUCCAAGAUAACUGAGACGUCGAUUCCUCAGAUAGCUGCAGAAAAAGCAGAGCACGAACUUGCUAUUCAUCCUCAUAUGAGGGAAAAAGAAGAGCUUGAAGUCUAUAAUGGAGGUGAAUUUGACAUUUCUAAACGUAAUAAGACUACAGCUAAAUUCGCCAAGAAACUUGAAGAUGGUGAGAAGAACCCGUUCACAGGUAAGCCUUUUUCGCAAAAAUACUUUGACAUCCUGAAAGUUCGUCGAGAAUUACCAGUUCACGCUCAAAGAGACGAGUUUCUGAAGAUUUUUCAUAAAACUCAGAUCAUGGUUUUUGUUGGUGAGACAGGUUCCGGUAAAACCACACAAAUCCCUCAAUUUGUGCUUUAUGACGAGAUGCCGCAUUUGAGAGGCACCCAAGUUGCAUGUACACAACCUAGAAGAGUUGCAGCUAUGUCGGUGGCAGCCAGAGUGGCAGAUGAAAUGGAUGUGACUCUAGGAGAAGAAGUUGGUUACAGCAUCAGAUUCGAAAACAAAACAUCGAAGAAGACAAUCCUGAAGUACAUGACCGAUGGUAUGCUUCUCAGAGAGGCGAUGGAGGAUCACGAUUUGAAGAGAUAUGGAUGCAUAAUUUUGGAUGAAGCGCAUGAACGUACGCUUGCAACUGAUAUUCUCAUGGGACUUUUGAAACAUGUCAGCGUUAGAAGACCAGACCUAAAAAUAAUCAUCAUGUCUGCCACUCUGGAUGCCGAAAAAUUCCAGAGCUACUUCAACGAUGCUCCAUUGCUGGCAGUUCCUGGUCGUACUUAUCCCGUUGAAAUUUAUUACACUCCUGAAUUCCAGAGAGAUUACCUGGAUGCUGCUAUCCGUACGGUCUUGCAAAUUCAUGCCACUGAAGAUGAAGGUGACAUAUUGCUGUUUUUGACAGGUGAAGAGGAAAUUGAAGAUGCAUGCUCGAAAAUAUCUUUGGAGGGUGAUCACUUGAUCAGGGAAGAGGGGUGUGGGCCGCUUUCUGUCUACCCGCUGUAUGGUUCACUGCCCCCUCAUCAGCAGCAGAAGAUUUUUGAACCAGCCCCACAGCCAUUUAAACCAGGUGGAAAACCAGGAAGAAAAGUCAUUGUGUCCACCAAUAUUGCGGAGACUUCCCUGACGAUUGAUGGUAUUGUGUAUGUGGUUGAUCCAGGAUUUUCGAAGCAAAAGGUUUAUAACCCAAGAAUAAGGGUGGAGUCGCUUUUGGUUUCACCCAUCUCCAAAGCCUCGGCGCAACAAAGAGCAGGAAGAGCUGGUCGUACGCGUCCUGGAAAAUGUUUUCGUUUAUACACAGAAGAGGCCUUUCAGAAAGAGCUUAUAGAGCAGAGCUACCCGGAAAUUUUGAGAACCAACUUGUCUUCCACCGUGUUGGAACUUAAAAAACUAGGCAUUGAUGAUCUUGUGCAUUUUGAUUUCAUGGACCCCCCUGCUCCAGAAACUAUGAUGAGAGCUUUGGAAGAACUCAAUUAUCUGGGAUGUUUAGAUGAUGCCGGAGACCUCACUGCACUGGGACGAUUGGCAUCGCAGUUUCCACUGGAUCCGAUGUUGGCUGUUAUGCUGAUCGGUUCUCCCGAGUUCAAGUGCUCGGAGGACAUCCUGACGAUUGUUGCUAUGUUGUCGGUUCCUUCUGUUUUUGUUCGUCCAUCAGGAAAGUCAGCUAAGGCUGCAGCUGAGGAGGCCAAGAAGGUGUUUGCUCAUCCUUAUGGAGAUCAUCUGACACUUUUGAAUGUUUACAACGCUUUCAAAUCGGAAGAAGCACAAGAAAUUGGCAUUAGCAAGUGGUGUAAGAACAAUUUCCUGUCUUACCGAUCUCUCAAAUCCGCCGAAAAUGUGAGAUGGCAGCUCUCAAAGUUGAUGGAGAAAUACGAUUUGGAGCUUAAUUACACCGAUUACGAUAAUCCAAAACACCAUUUAAGGCUGCGCAAGGCAUUGGUUGCUGGGUUUUUCAUGCAAGUCGCCAAGAAGAAGAGCGCAGGAAAAGGUUACAUCACCGUGAAAGAUAAUCAAGAAGUGCUGAUUCAUCCAUCGACCGUUCUUGGGCAACAAGAUGAAUGGUUGAUCUAUAACGAAUUUGUUCUGACGUCCAAGAACUAUAUUCGUACAGUUACUGCGAUCAAGCCAGAAUGGCUAAUAGAGUUGGCUCCAAAAUACUACAAUCUUGACCAUUUCCAGAAAGGAGACGUCAAAUUAAGUCUCGAGAGGGUUAAAGCGCGCGUGGACAGAAAAUAG